AUGAGCAAUUCAUGGUUGGGGUUUACUCUGACUCCACAUGACUUGAGGAUUGAUGAUGAUGAUGCUGAUGAUCAUGAACAGCUUCAGCUCCGCAGGGAAGAACAUCAUCACCUCUCCCUUCUACCUCUCCACACUCAUCAUGCUUCUCUCUGCCUUCUCGAUCCCCUUAGCCGCCCUACUGAUCAUCAUGCAGAAGAAUGGAGAUAUGAGAACGCCAUGACUGCGUCUAAUACCGAUCAGGGUCCAAAGCUUGAGGACUUCUUGGGUUGCUGCUACUCCGACUCCCAUGACAACCUUAGAGCUAACCCAUCAUCAUCUUCGCUGAUCCAACACUACUCUUACGAAGAAGACAAUAACUAUGGUCCGCCGUCACAAACCCUACUUCCGACUAACCCCGACAGUCCCAAUGUUUCUAGCAUGUACCAUGUGGUACCUUUCGAUCACGGUGCAAUGUCGGUUUCUGGGUACAAGUGGCUGCGGCAGACACCGUUUUCCGGGGAGAAAUCUCCGGCGGAAAAGAGCAGCGGCCUGCGAAUCUGCCGGUGA